AUGAUUGAACAAAGGAGUGAUUUUGACGAUGAAAUGACCAUUACUUCCAUAAAUGAUUCAAUUUGUUGGUAUUAUAUUUUGAUUGAUGAUUAUUUGACAGCUUUACAUUAUUGUCAAAAAUUAUUACUAAUUUAUAAAAGAUUUAAAUCAAACAAUAAACAACAUUACAUAGAAGGAUAUGUUAAAACUUGUGGUAGAUUAGGUUUGAUUUUGUAUAAAUUAGAUGAUUACAUCGAAUCUUUUACAUAUUGUAUAAAAUCCAUCAAUACUUACAAUGAUUGUUUGAAAUCAUUGUACAUUGUACUGAAUACAGCUAUUGCUGAUGUUUAUGCAAUAUUAGCAGAUAUUUAUUUUAAAUUCAACGAGAUAUCACUUGCAUAUAAUUGUUAUCUAGAAGCAUUAAAGCUUUUUCAUCGAAAUACUGAUCCGGAUUCAUUAUCACACAAAGGUAUUAAACGUGUUCACAAGUUAUUGAAACAACUUAAACACAUGAACUAA